CUGCGGAAGGGGAAAGGCGACUGGCGGGUCAACGGGCCUCGAGGAGCCUUGUUUUCUCCUCCACCCGGCACGACACCCUCUCCAGAGCCAGCAUGUAGGUGCCGGGCGGCUGCCAUGAACUCCGGAGCCAUGAGGAUCCACAGCAAAGGACAUUUCCAGGGUGGAAUCCAACUCAAAAAUGAAAAAAACAGACCAUCUUUGAAAUCUCUGAAAACCGAUAACAAACCAGAAAAGUCCAAAUAUAAGCCACUUUGGGGAAAGGUAUUUUACAUUGACUUACCUUCUGUCACCAUAUCUGAAAAACUGCAAAAGGACAUUAAGGAUCUGGGAGGGCGAGUUGAAGAAUUUCUCAGCAAAGAUAUCAGUUAUCUUAUUUCAAAUAAAAAGGAAGCUAAAUUUGCACAAACAUUUGGACGAAUUUCUCCUGUACCAAGUCCAGAAUCUGCAUAUACUGCAGAAACCACUUCACCUCAUCCCAGUCAUGAUGGAAGCUCAUUUAAGUCUCCAGAGGCAGUGUGUUUGAGCAGAGGAAAAUUAUUAGUUGAAAAAGCUAUCAAGGACCACGAUUUUAUUCCUUCAAAUAGUAUAUUAUCAAAUGCCUUAUCGUGGGGAGUAAAAAUUCUUCAUAUUGAUGACAUUAGAUACUACAUUGAGCAAAAGAAAAAAGAAUUGUAUUUACUCAAGAAAUCAAGCACUUCUGGAAGAGAUGUGGGGAAAAGAGUAGGUAUUGGCACACAGAAAACAAGAACAGGUAGACUCAAGAAGCCCUUUGUAAAGGUGGAAGAUGGGAGCCAACUUUAUAGACCAUUUUAUCUUCAGCAGACCAGUAUGCCUUUUAUAAAUUAUUCUGUUCAGAAGCCUUCCAGUCCAUUUGAUAUAGAUAAGCCACCUAACAUCCAAAAGCAAACUCAGGUUAAACUAAGAAUCCAGACAGAUGGCGAUAAGUAUGGUGGAAUCCCUAUUCAACUCCAAUUGAAAGAGAAGAAAAAAAAAGGAUAUUGUGAAUGUUGCUUGCAAAAAUAUGAAGAUCUCGAAACGCAUCUCCUAACUGAGCCACACAGAAACUUUGCACAGAGUAAUCACUAUCAAGUUGUUGAUGAUAUCAUAUCUAAGUUAGUGUUUGACUUUGUGGAAUAUGAAAAGGGCAUGCCUAAGAAGAAAAGAUUAAAAUGCAGCGUUGGAUCUUUUUCUCCUAUUACUGCAAAUAUCCUGAAAAAGCCUGAACCAAAAGAAAAGCUAGAACUGCAACUUAUCUCUCAGAAAGACUUCAGGGAAAAUAAUACACAGGUGAUCGAGCAGAGUUUUCAACAUAAAGAAACCCAGCAACCUGAAGAAAAGUGUGCGUUCAUUUCAGAGCACAUCACUUACCCUUCAAAUGAAACGAGAGGACUUGAUGAGAAAACAGCUAAUAAAUGUUCUAUGAUAAAUCCAGCUGACAGUGACACAGAACACAAUUUUACACAUCUACCUCCAGAUAAAAAUGAACAAGGAUGCAUUCUUGAUAUUUCUAAACAUAAAUUAAUUAUAAAUGAAAAGGACUUGGAAGAAGUAAGAACAGAUCACAGUCCAUGUAAGCUACAGACAUCUAUACAAGUUUCUGAUUUCAGUAUGGAUAAUGGUACAUCUCAGCCAAAACAGAAGUCAGAUACCGUGCUGUUUCCAGCAAAGGAUCUGAAGGAAAAAGACCUUCUUUCAAUAUUUGGUCAUGAUUCUGGUCUGUUAGCAGUAAGUAGUUCACGGGAGCACCUUCCUAUUCAGGUAAAUACUCCAUCCCAAAGUCAUCCUGAGGAACCCAAUGAAUAUGACAUCAAGAGUAAGAAUAGCUUACCCUCUGGUAAAAUCUGCCGGAAAGUGAAAAUAUUGUUAGGAAGAAAUAAAAAAGAAAAUCUGGAACCAAAUGUAGAAUUAGAUAAAGAAAGAACUGAAUGUCUUACUAUACAAGAGGAAGACAGAAUUUGUAGUUCACAGUCUCUACUGGACUUAUUUCAGACUAGUGAAGAGAAGUCAGAAUUUUUGGGUUUUACAAGCUAUACCGAAAAUGGUAGUAUAUGUGAUGUUUUUCAUGUUUGGGGGGAGGAAGAUUCAAAUAGUCUGUUGUCAGUGUUUUCGUCUUCCCCUUCAACUUCUACAUUUACUGGCUUUUAGGCUUUAAAAAA